UGUCUCCUGAGCUGCUAGGGGUCCUAUCCUCAAUUGCGGCCUUUGUGGCCGUGAUGGUUCUCUUUUUUCUUUACCUCAGCAACAAGCUGUCAGUGGAGAGCGCCAGCGACCUGCCACGCCUCGACGACUAUAGGCCCGACCAGCAAGGUAAACACGUCAAGUGGUACAACACUCAAAGUCUGUAUGCAGUUUGUCUGUUGUUCUAUGGUCCUGGGCUAGUUUCCUGGACCCAGAUAAAGCCUAGCUCUGGGAUGAAAAGCUCAUUUAUUUGUUCAGGUUUAGGCUUAAUGUAGGUCUGGGGGAUCGUCCCAAAAUAUACAAAUAAAUCAAUUUCUGAUUGUCUGACCAACAAUUUAAAACUCUCACAAUCACUGUUACGAUAAUGCUUGUGGAUGAGAAGGUCAUGAAUAGACAUUAUCCCUAAUCACAGAUUGUCCUCCUCAUACAUGUAUAAAGUGUCAGUCAUGGAUUUCAGACAGUAAUACCUGGCCCACACACUCUCAUGAACCAAAUAUCCCAGCCAGAGCCUGUGAUGAGGUGAUGAGAUAAUCUAGAAUCCACCAGACAGUGUGGAGAAGGACAGCAGCUCCAGCCGUCAGCAAGUCCACCCAACAUGGCGUUCUUCAAGAGCUUCGGGCAGAACCUACCAUCUGUAAACAUCUCCUCCAUCUUGGAUUCGGUCAGCAGCAAAGUGGACGACCUAGCCAGCGCCGUCAGUGAUGCCACCUACAGCGUCAGUGACCAGCUGACCGAGCUCAGCGACCAGGUCAUCAAGAAGGUGCAGACGGAGGAGGAGGCGGCUGCAGAACCGGCAGAGGGGGGCCAGGAGAACAAGGAUGGGAAGGCCCAGGAAGGGAUAGCAGACUCAUUCAGGAGCAAAAUCAAGCGGCAGGCAUCAGAGGCCUGCUCAAGCUUGGCAGACUACAGCUCCAACCUCAGCCAAUCCAAUGACUCGAAGAAUAACCAAUCGAGUGACGUCACAGCAGAGGACUAUGUUCCAGCCCAAUUGGAAUGGGUGUGGAAAGAUGGAGGCUGGCGAGUGGUAAAACCAGGAGAGAGUUCUGCAGAGGGCAAGGAACAGGAAGAGAAAAUGAAGGAGGAGGAGAAGACGAAGAAGGAGGAGAAGGAGAAGAGGAAGGCGGAGAAAGACAAGAAGAAGGAGGAGAGGCUGAAACAGGAGGAGAAGAAGAAGAAUAGCCAUCAGGAGACCAUCGAGGAGGAGCCUGAAGAUAAAGAAACCAGCUCAUUACCGAAAGAAAACCACACUACUAGUCAGAACAAAGAGGAACAGAAAGAGGACAAAUCCAAUGGGGUCCACCAGCGUGACGACCAUAGUGAUCCACCACAAUCUCUUUGCACUGAGGAAGAGUCGAGAGCAUCCAAAAAGAAAAACAAGGGGAAAGCUGAAGAGGAGGAAGAGAAUAAGAUGAGCCCUGAGGGAGAUGGAGAGACCGAACCUGCUAUGUCUCCCUCUUCUGAGAAAAAGAAGAAAAAGAGUGACAAGAAGAAAGAGAAAGGGAAGAAACAGAGCAAGAAGGAGAAUAAAGGGGAUAAAGGUGAGAGGGUGUGCUGCUUCCCCCCUCUUCUACUCUUCAUGGCUGUGACCUGUGACCUAACUGAAACCUAACUGUAACUCAGUGUUUAGGGUUCUAAACUUGAAAACUAAUUACGUUUUAACAGUCAUGGAUGGAUCAAAAUACAUCUGUCUGUGGCUGUCACGUUCACUUUUUCAGUUCUUUCUCCUCACGGCUUUACCUGUUUCUCUCAAUGAUUGUUGUAGAUGUCACAUUAUGGAUACAGGGAGAGAGUUUACCAGUUAGAAAUAUGAUAAUUAUAUUCUAUGACGUUCAGCUAAGAUAAAGUGUAGUAAAUGCUUUUAUCAGUUUGAUAUCUAAUACGUCCUCUAUCUGGAGACCAUUAAAUAGAUAGAACAGGGAGAUAGGGGCUUGCUCCGUAAAAAAAGAAAUACUGUGACACAUCCUCUAUGAUCAGGGCCCAUAUAUCCACAAAGUGUCUCAGAAUAGCAGUGCUGGUCUAUGAUCCCCAACCUGUCCAUAUAGUCUGAUUCAUUAUGAUGUAAAAGGCUCAACUGAUCCUAGAUCAGCACACCUACACUGAGACGCGUGUGAAUACGGGCCCUGAGAGUGGAGUUGUGUCUUAUGUUGGGCUGAUUGUGAUGAGGUACUAUGAUCUUGUGUGUGUGUAUCUGUUUGCACCUGUCCAGACCAGAGCUGCUCAGAGCGUGGCUCUGAGGAGGACACUCAAGAGGACAGACCAGGGGGACACUCUGAACCCUCAGCCCAGCACAGAGCCUCAGUCUGGGACAACCGACCUAAACGCACCAGCGACCACAGCAGUGAGGCCUCUACCGGACAAGGUGAGAAACUCACAGAUGUGACAACAUACAUAGAAAGGCACGCACACGCACACGCUCACACACACACACACACACACACACACACACACACACACACACACACAGGCAUGCACGCUAUGUCUGAUUGGCAGAACACACAUAAAUCAUUGAAACAUUUCCCAAGAGACCUAUCAAACAUAUCCAUUACUGUCUUACACAGCCAACAGCAUCCAGCGGAUGGGACAAGGCUCUCCCCUCAACGAGCUCCAGCCACCCCCAUAUCAGGACGAGGAUAGUCCGGUCCGAGUGUCUCGCUCGCGGUCGGGGGCGGGGGGUCUGGGGGAGUCGUCCCCAGACGGUAAUGUUACACAGCGCUCCAGUGAGGCCAGCGUUGACCAGGACACUGAGAGUUACCUCAACAAGGGCUACGAUGAGGACGUACCUAGUGACAGCACUGCCGUCCUGGGACCAGAGGUGAGCUAGGACAAAGACACUCAUACGGCAGAUGGUGAACUGUUAGCAUGUCCCAUAGGACAAUGUGUCACGCUAGCCGGGCAUGCUCAGUUGCAUACCGGAUAUCUAGCAAAUGCUAACAACAUAAACCUAUUGGCUAGUACUCUGUUUGGCUAUGAUAGGCCUACCAUCGGUCUCUAACCCCUCCCUCACCCAGUGUCAUGUCCUGCUCUAAGAUCUCCCCUCACUGUGUGAUGUCACAGAUGAAGACUGACACUGACAUAUUUAUGCAUUAAAAUCCAUCUUAUCAUCCUCUCUCUCAUCUUUCUCUCUCCCUCCCUCUCUUUCUCUAACCCCCUCUCCCCCGCCUCUCCCACAGGAUGGUUCACCCUCCCGUCUCCCCUUCACCCAGUGCUGUGUCCUGCUCUAAGGGCCUAUAUCUACCCUCACUCUGUGAUGUCACAGAUGAGGACUGAAUCCAACAGAUUCAUGAAUUUCAAUGCAUCUUUUCCUCCCAUCUAUCGUCUUUCUCUCUUUCUCUCUAUUUCUCCCCCUCCCCCCAGGAUGGUUCCCCCUCCCAUCUCCACGUGGGCUAUGAGCCCGAGCCACUGGCCAAGUAUGGCACGCUGGACGUGGCCUUCGAGUAUGACUCGGGCGAGCAACGCCUUGCCGUCACUGUCACCGCAGCAACCGACAUCCCCGCACUCAAACAGACAGGGAACAUCGCGUGGCAGGUGGGGCAUAAACAAACUAACACUUUACUGUUGUGCUCAUCGGUCUUGCACUCACACUUAAACGUAUUUCCUUACUAGCACUGAUUUUGCAGAUAGCGGUUAUUUUGAAGAAAGUUUUACUUGCAAUGAUUGUGAUAUGUGGUCGUACCUACCUUAGUUGAAUGCACUGACUAUAAGUCACCCUGGAUAAGAGCAUCUGCUUCAGUAAAAAUGAUUUUGAAUUGAUACAAAAAUGUAUUAUAACUCACUUAUAAUAAUACAUUAUGAAGGCUCAUUCAUGCUUAUAGCAAGUUAUAAAGCAUUAUAACUAUUAUAAAAAAUACUACAUGCCAUUUAGCAGACACUUUUAUCCAUAUCGACUUACACAUGCGUACAUACACUUUCAUAUGGGUGGCCCCAGUGGGAAUCAAACCCACAAUCCUGGAGUUGCAAGUGCUAUGAUCUACCAACUGAGCCACACAGGAGUAGGGUUGCAAAAUUACGAGAACUUUCAAUAAAUUCCCUGGUUUCCUGAAAUCCCGGUUGGAGGAACCCUGGAAUCAGGAGGGAAUAAGGAGGAAAUCCGGAAUCCUUCAACCAGGAACCUGGAAAACCAGAGAAUUUAUUGAACGUUCCCGUAAUUGUGCAAACCUACACAGGAUACAUGUAUGCUUUAAGUAAAGUGUUACCUGUAAAUAUAAAUGUAGGUGCACCUGGUGUUGCUGCCCACUAAGAAGCAACGGGCCAAGACGGGGGUGCAGAGGGGGCCGUGCCCCAUGUUCACAGAGACCUUCCGCUUCACCAGGGUGGAGGAGGAGGCGCUGGCAGACCACGCCGUCAGGUUCCGCCUCUACAGCGUCAGGAGGAUGAAGAAGGAGAAGGUGCUGGGAGAGAAGGUGUUCUACUUGACCAAACUCAACCUGCAGGGCAAGAUGGCGCUGCCCGUUACACUGGAGCCUGGCACAGCACUAACGGUGAGUUGCUGGGGAGAUGGGGUUGGAGGGUGGAGAGGGGCGUGUGUGUGGGAGGAGUCUGUUUGUGGAAUGUCUCGCCAAAGAAGUCUGAUUUGUAUGAACGUAGAUAAAUGACCAGUAGAAGCUAUCGUUUAAAAUGCAUGCACUAUAAUGGUACAGGAUCUUGUAGACUGACCCUAUAGACAAAGCAUAGUCUCACACAAUCCACGUCAUUCAGUUGCAUUGUACUGAUUCCUACCAAGGCCUCUCUCAAACCAAGGCCUCUCUCUAACUCUGUAUGUGGUGUUAGCUGUCCUCUCCGGUCUCCCUACAGGGCUGUGGGUCGUUGCUGAGUGUGUCUCGCAGCGUGGCGGCUUUGUCCUACCGCUCUACUUGGGACUCCACACCAGAGAUCCUACUGGGCCUCAUCUAUAACUCCACCACUGGCAGGCUCUCUGCAGAGGUCAUCCAGGGAAGACAGUUCAAGAACACAGCCUCAGACAAACCUCCCAGUGAGUGGACAAUCACAUAUGGAUGAGCUCUCUUCCGUUGUAUCUGUGAUAAUGUUAUGUAGAAGUAGUAGGGUAGCUAUAGCAUACCUGGGUUGAAAUAGUACUGCAUUGGUUCCAUUGUGCCAGGCAAGCUCAAUCAAGCGCAGCUUAAGUAUUCGAAAGAAAACAAAUGCUAUUUGAACCCAGGUCUGUACCGGUACAUGAGACAGACAUGGGGUCAUCUUAAUGCAUGGGGGGCAUUGCUCUCUUCUGUUAUAAGGCAUUGUUGAUCAUGUUAUUGAGUAGGGUAGCUAUAGCAUUAAAAUACGUAGAUUUGAAUAACAUUUUUUAUUUAUAAUGGUGGAAUAAUCUCUCUAUUCUUGCCUCUUAUUUACUUUACUUUCAGUCUUUUAUCCUCUCUAAACUGUCUUCUCUCUUUCCUUCCCUCGCUUUUCCUCUUCCCUUUCCUCCUUCCCUCCUGGCCCUCUGUGUGUUGUGUCCUCUUCCCUUCCUCCUGGCCCUCUGUGUGUUGUGUCCUCUUCCCUUUCCUCCUGUCCCUCUGUGUGUUGUGUCCUCUUCCCUUUCCUCCUGGCCCUCUGUGUGUUGUGUCCUCUUCCCUUUCCUCCUGGCCCUCUGUGUGUUGUGUCCUCUUCCCUUUCCUCCUGGCCCUCUGUGUGUUGUGUCCUCUUCCCUUUCCUCCUGGCCCUCUGUGUGUUUGUGUCCUCUUCCCUUUCCUCCUGGCCCUCUGUGUGUUGUGUCCUCUUCCCUUUCCUCCUGGCCCUCUGUGUGUUGUGUCCUCUUCCCUUUCCUCCUGGCCCUCUGUGUGUUGUGUCCUCUUCCCUUUCCUCCUGUCCCUCUGUGUGUUGUGUCCUCUUCCCUUUCCCUCCUGGCCCUCUGUGUGUUGGUGUCCUCUUCCCUUUCCUCCUGGCCCUCUGUGUGUUGUGUCCUCCUUUCCCUUUGCCUCCGGGCCCUCUGUUUGUUGUGUCCCCUUCCUCCUGGCCUCUGUGUUGUGUCCUCUUCUACUGUUCCUCCUUCCUCCUGGCCCCUCUGUUGUUUGUGCCUCGUUCCCUUCUCUCUGGCCCUUGUGUUGUUCCUCUUCCACCUUUCCUCCUGGCCCUCUGUUGUUUGUGUCCUCUUUCCCUUGCCUCCACUGUCCCUCUUGUUUGUCCUCCUCCCUUGUCCCGGCCCUAUGUGAGUGCUGUCCUGCUCCCAUGUCCUGGCACUCUGUGGUGUGCCUCUCCACCCACCCUGGCCCUACUGGUGGGUCCUUUCCUUUCCGUCGGGCACUUGGGUAGUGAGCAAGGACUCUGCAGAGGACCUGGAGAUUGUGCACAGCUCACCCCCCCAUCUCUGUGUUUGGUGCCCUCUUCCAGCUUCCCGGCCCCUUGUGUGUGCGGGUGAUAAACAGCAAGGAGGACAACUAUGAGGUCAUGAGAGGUGGAGCCUGCAUGUCUGUACAUGACCAGAGUCGUGCGCUCCUGCUCUGAUAAUGUUGGCAUGUCGUGAAAGGGAACCGAAAAAUUACUGGGAUCGAAAAUGACACUAUUGUGGUUCAAGACACUCAAUCCACAGGCUAUUCUUCACUGUUAUGUUCAUUAAUCUUCAGUAGAUGGCAGCAUCUCACCAUGUUCCCCCUUCUCUCCCUCCCUCCCUUUGUCCACAGACACCUAUGUGAAGCUGAACAUGCUGGACUCCAAGGGCAAGGAGAUGUCCAAGUGCAAGACGUCGGUGUGCCGCGGCCAGCCCAACCCCACCUACAAGGAGACCUUUGUCUUUCAGGUGAGAGAGAGAGAGAGAGAGACAGAGAGAGAGAGAGACAGAGAGAGAGACAGAGAGAGAGACAGACAGACAGAAACAACCCACCCCAUCUCUGUUGUCUUCCAGGUGGCCCUCUUCCAGCUGUCCGAGGUCUCCCUUGUGGUGUCGGUGUACAGCCGGAGGAGCAGCAUGAAGGCCAGGGAGAGGGUGGGCUGGCUGUCCCUGGGGCUCAACAGCACCGGAGAGGAGCAGCAGGCCCACUGGAGCCAGAUGAAGGAGGCCGAGGGACAGCAGGUGUGCCACUGGCACACACUCUUGGAAUCUUGAACAGGUCUUGAUGAGAAUCACCAGAUUUGAUCUCGUUAACUAAGAAUAAGCUGUAUAAAUAAAGGUGAAAUUAAAUGGUUAAAUAGGAGGAGGAAUACGUUGGAGGAAUAGGAUGAGGAAGAUUAUGGGGUAUGUUGACCUCAGUGUUGCGAGGGAAUGUGUUCCAUGACCUUCAUUCAGAGAUGCAGAUGAGGAGCUAUGAGGAACCAUCCGCCUAUACUGUGCUUAUCACCUGGUGUGGAAUGUGUGUGUGUGAGGGUGCAGAGCUUUGAGAAGCACGUGGAUUCCACUUGGAGUCUCCCGUUCACUGACAGCUGCUUUAAUACUCUUCAAUCCAUAAACCAGCCACCUACCCUGAGACAGACUGGUCUGGUUGACAGACUGACUGGUGCUCCCAGCUCCAGUCAUUGUCGAUGGGGGCAUCAAAGUCAGACUCAUCUUUGUAAUACAACAGCUGAUAAGACCUCAAUGGUGAAAUGGACACAACUGGUCAUGAAAUGGACCAUUCAGUCUCAGAUUGAGGACAAUUUUGUGUCAUUCAUUUCCCAUAUUCAAAAUACGACCAUACAUAUCUCGUACAAUGGACCAUUUUCAUCCUGAACCGAGGACCAAAGAGUGCGGAGAAGAACAACACUACAACAAACCAGCCCCCUCAUGUUCUUCCGGGGUUGUACUGACCAUAGAUAUAGAAAGACUAGAAGGGACUAAGCCCCUCAGACCAUGGCAAUUUGAUUGGAACACUCAUGGGUUCACUCAAUAUGGCUGACAUUUCUAUGGUACUGUCUUCAAAUGACACCAGCAUAUCAGACAUUUCUCAUCUGACGCUCGCAGCCAUCGAAAACAAGUAUGAUGCAAUGGAAGACUGUUACCAUGACUGUUAGAGCCAGCUGGGCCUGUAACAUUCUGCAACAACUGCCUAUAGAAAGUCUACAACGCCCUUGGAAGUAGGAAAACAUUUGAUUUUAUUAUAAUUUUUUGGUCAACCAUCUACACAAAAUACUCUGUAAUGUCAAAAUGUAAGAAAAUAUAUUUAUUAAGAUUAAUGAAGAAAAAAAACACAUACCUUGAUUAGAUAAGUAUUCACCCCAUGAGUCAAUACAUGUUAGAAACACCUUUGGCAGCAAUUACAUCUGUGAGUCUUCUUGGGGAAGUCUCUAAGAGCUUUGCACAUCUGGAUUGUGCAAUAUUUUCCCAUUAUUCUUUUUAAAAUUCUUCAAGCUCUGUCAAGGUGUUGGGGAUUAUGACUGGACAGCAAAUGUCAAGUCUUGCCAUAGAUUUUCAAGCAGAUUUAAGUCAAAACUGUAACUUGGCCACUCAGGAACAUUCACCGUCUUCUUGGGAAGCAACUCCAGUGUAGAUUUGGCUUUGUGUUGUAGGUUAUUGUCCUGCUGAAAGGUGAAUUCCUCUCCCAGUGUCUGGUGUAAAGCAGACUGAAGCGUCCCAUUUAUUUUCAUCCUGACAAACUCGUCUUUUCCAAUGUCAAACAUACCCAUACCAUGAUGCAGCCACCACCAUGCUUGAAAAUAAGGACGCAGUUACUCAGUGAUGUGUUGUGUUGGAUUUGCCCCAAACAGAAGACUUUGCAUUUAGGCCAAAACGUGUAUUACUUUGCCGUGUUUGUUGUUGCAGUAUUACUUUAGCGCCUAGGAUGCAUGUUUUGUUUUUCCACUGUCCUUUCAGUCAUUAUUGUGGAGUCACUACAAUGUUGUUGAUCCAGCCUUAGUUUUCUCCCAUCACAGCCAUUGAACUCUGUAGCUGUUUUAAAAUGACCAAUGGCCUCAUGUUGACAUCACUAAGCAGUUUCCUUCCUGUCCUGCAGCUCAGUUCAGAAGGACGAAUGUAUGUAUCUUUGAUAUGUCUGGGUGGUUUAAUACAUCAUCCACAGCAUCAUUAUUAAAUUGACCAUGCUUAAAGAGAUAUUCAAUGUCUAAUUUGUUAUUGUUACCCAUCUACCAAUCAUUGCCCUUCUUUAUAAGGCUUUGGAAAAGUUCCUGGUCCUUGUAGUUGAAUCUGUGCUUGAAAUUCAAUACUUGACUAAGGGACCUUCCAAAUGUUGUACUGUAUGUAUUGGGGACAGAGGAAUUGGUAGUCAUUAAAAAAUUAUGUCAACCCCUAUUAUCUAUAUAACUUAUUAUGUGAUUUGUUAAGCCACAUUUUACUUCUGAACUAAUUUAAGCUUGCUUAAAACAAAGGGGGUGAAUACCUAUGCAAUAACUAUAUUUUAGUUAUUUAAUUUGUAUUCAUUUGUACAAAUUUGUAGAAUCUUCUUUUCACUUUGACAUUAUGGAGUAUUUUGUGUAGAUCAGGUGACCAAAAAAAAUCACAAAUAUUUUUCAAUCCUACUUUCUAACGGAACAAAAUGUGAAAAAAAGGGGGUUUAGACUUUCUAUAGGCACUGUAUGCUAACGAGCUAUGCUUAUUUAGUCACUUUGUUGUUUACAUUCUCGUGACAUUAUACAAUAUCCUAUUUUGAAUUAUUUUAGGGGUUUCUUUUUACGACUGUUUCAUCUCCCGAUGCAUUGUUUGUUCACCGUCUUUUUUUGUGGUCAUCUGAAUCAUCAUUUGAGAAUAGAAAAACAAUAUUAUCUUUGUUGUGGCUCACUGGGUGGUCUUUUAAACAUUGUUACAGAAUCAAGCACAACACUGUAGCCCAGUGGUCAACAACAUUUUCUGAGUCAAGAUCACUUUCUGAGUCAAAAUCACUUUGAGUCAAAAUCACUUUCUGAGUCAAGAUCACUUUCUGAGUCAAGAUCACUUUCUGAGUCAAGAUCACUUUCUGAGUCAAGAUCACUUUCUGAGUCAAGAUCACUUUCUGAGUCAAAAUGCAAGCCAAGAUCUACCGCUCAGAUUUCUUUUUACAUGACUUAAAAAACUUAAGCCUAUGCAACAUUAACCAAUUAAAAACAGUUCUGUAGCAAUGAGAUUUGUGCAGUAGGCUAUAGGCCCCAAUACAUUAUCACUGCAUUGGCUAUGCUUGAAUUGCCCUGCCAAUGUUGUUCUUCUCAGGUCAUUUUGAAAUUAUAUUUAAAACAUUUAGGUAUAUGAUCAUACUGGUAAUAGAUAAUUUGUUGUAUUACUUGUGAGGCACAGAUACAGUGGGGGAAAAAAGUAUUUAGUCAGCCACCAAGUGGGCAAGUUCUCCCACUUAAAAAGAUGAGAGGCCUGUAAUUUUCAUCAUAGGUACACGUCAACUAUGACAGACAAAAUGAGAAAAAAAAUUCCAGAAAAUCACAUUGUAGGAUUUUUUAUGAAUUUAUUUGCAAAUUAUGGUGGAAAAUAAGUAUUUGGUCAAUAACAAAAGUUUCUCAAUACUUUGUUAUAUACCCUUUGUUGGCAAUGACACAGGUCAAAAGUUUUCUGUAAGUCUUCACAAGGUUUUCACACACUGUUGCUGGUAUUUUGGCCCAUUCCUCCAUGCAGAUCUCCUCUAGAGCAGUGAUGUUUUGGGGCUGUCGCUGGGCAACACGGACUUUCAACUCCCUCCAAAGAUUUUCUAUGGGGUUGAGAUCUGGAGACUGGCUAGGCCACUCCAGGACCUUGAAAUGCUUCUUACGAAGCCACUCCUUCGUUGCCCGGGCGGUGUGUUUGGGAUCAUUGUCAUGCUGAAAGACCCAGCCACGUUUCAUCUUCAAUGCCCUUGCUGAUGGAAGGAGGUUUUCACUCAAAAUCUCACGAUACAUGGCCCCAUUCAUUCUUUCCUUUACACGGAUCAGUCGUCCUGGUCCCUUUGCAGAAAAAAAGCCCCAAAGCAUGAUGUUUCCACCCCCAUGCUUCACAGUAGGUAUGGUGUUCUUUGGAUGCAACUCAGCAUUCUUUGUCCUCCAAACACGACAAGUUAUAUUUUGGUUUCAUCUGACCAUAUGACAUUCUCCCAAACCUCUUCUGGAUCAUCCAAAUGCACUCUAGCAAACUUCAUACGGGCCUGGACAUGUACUGGUUUAAGCAGGGGGACACGUCUUGCACUGCAGGAUUUGAGUCCCUGGCGGCGUAGUGUGUUAGUGAUGGUAGGCUUUGUUACUUUGGUCCCAGCUCUCUGCAGGUCAUUCACUAGGUCCCCCCGUGUGGUUCUGGGAUUUUUGCUCACCGUUCUUGUGAUCAUUUUGACCCCACGGGGUGAGAUCUUGCGUGGAGCCCCAGAUCGAGGGAGAUUAUCAGUGGUCUUGUAUGUCUUCCAUUUCCUAAUAAUUGCUCCCACAGUUGAUUUCUUCAAACCAAGCUGCUUACCUAUUGCAGAUUCAGUCUUCCCAGCCUGGUGCAGGUCUACAAUUUUGUUUCUGGUGUCCUUCGACAGCUCUUUGGUCUUGGCCAUAGUGGAGUUUGGAGUGUGACUGUUUGAGGUUGUGGACAGGUGUCUUUUAUACUGAUAACAAGUUCAAACAGGUGCCAUUAAUACAGGUAACGAGUGGAGGACAGAGGAGCCUCUUAAAGAAGAAGUUACAGGUCUGUGAGAGCCAGAAAUCUUGCUUGUUUGUAGGUGACCAAAUACUUAUUUUCCACCAUAAUUUGCAAAUAAAUUCAUUAAAAAUCCUACAAUGUGAUUUUCUGGAGAAAAAAAUGCUCAAUUUGUCUGUCAUAGUUGACGUGUACCUAUGAUGAAAAUUACAGGCCUCUCUCAUCUUUUUAAGUGGGAGAACUUGCACAAUUGGUGGCUGAUUAAAUACUUUUUUCCCCCACUUUAAGUUAUUAUUAUUUUAUUUUUUUACUGGAUUGAUGGCUUGCAUCGGAUGGUCAAUCUGAGGGGAGCAAGGGAGCAACGGUAAGGCUGCCUCACCCGACUCACGGUCCCUUCGCCCUCCUUCCCCCCGACUCACGGUCCCUUCGCCCUCCUUCCCUCCGACUCACGGUCCCUUCGCCCUCCUUCCCCCCGACUCACGGUCCCUUCGCCCUCCUUCCCCCCGACUCACGGUCCCUUCGCCCUCCUUCCCUCCGACUCACGGUCCCUUCGCCCUCCUUCCCCCCGACUCACGGUCCCUUCGCCCUCCUUCCCUCCGACUCACGGUCCCUUCGCCCUCCUUCCCCCCGACUCACGGUCCCUUCGCCCGCCUUCCCUCCGUUGAGAAAAGGGGACAGUCUUCCAGCUGAUGGCGAAACUCAAAUUGCACUGCAUUAUUUCUGCCUCAUGCACAAAUUAAUGUUGUUACUCCUGUGACCAGAGAAAGUGAAAUAUUCCUCGAUAUUAAAAAAGACAAGCUGCUAAUAAUAUAAACGCAAGCUUAUCGGAACACUUUGCUAUACUGAUUCAUUGCAGCUGCAGUGCUGGUGGCUUAUAAAGUUUAUAUGGCUUAUAAAGUUGUUGAAGUGUUGACAGUGUUGAAUAACAACUUCAACAUGAACUUACACAUAAAAACAGCAGCUCUUUGCUGUAUUCAAUGGGUCACUAGUUAUGGUUUUAAAAGUUUUGAAAUCUCACAGUAUCAACUUUGAUGUGCGUUCGAGUCUUCUUUUUACAGUCUAUGGCUCGAAAAAACUGCAGACACGGUGGUCUGAGCUAUCUGUUUGGCCAGCGGUAUGCCUAUAGGUGCACAUUGACUCUGUGCCGGUGGCCCCUAUAUAUAGCCUCGCUAUUGUUAUUUUACUAUUGUUAUUUUACUGCUGCUCUUUAAUUAUUAUUAUUAUUAUUAUUAUUAUUAUAUAUUUUUAGGGUAUUCUUUCUUAAAAAUGUUGUGGGUUAAGGGCUUGUCAGUAAGCAUUUCACUGUAAGGCAUGUGACAAAUAAAAUUGUAUUUUAUUUGCUCUCUGGGUCUACCGGGUAGGCGGAGUUCUAUCAUCAGACGAAUUACAUUUUUCAAAAUGGGAACACUGUGCCUUCCCGGCGCUAGGGCUUCUGAAUCAAGUGCACCUACCGCCAACAGCGUGAAACGCAUAAAAUAGGAACGCAAGGCUUUAUCAUCGUUGUUUUUUUACAGAGAUGUUUGGUGAUCGACUAGGAAUGCCUUAGAGAUCGACCAGUUGUAUUACAAAUUAGAGCUACUGUGUCACCAAGCGUGUUUGUCAUGACAUCUCCACACCAUGUUCUUCCAUGGAAAUAUAAUCUAGUAAUUCUAUUUCUAUGUAGAGGAUCACUGGUGAGGAAUAGGCCUACUGUAUGACAAGCAGCAUUCCACACAGUAGUAUCAUGACACGUGUCCUGCUGACUCUGAAGCAGGACUGGACACACAUUUCACUGUGAAACAUGUUGGAUGGCAGAGGUGAACACUAGGAGUAGCACCCCUGCUUUACUGUAACAAGAACCUCCUCACUCCGCUCUCUCGCUUUCCUCUCACUCCUGGCUGGAGCAGAGGGGUGUGGGGGUGUAUUCUCUCCUGGCUGGAGCAGAGGGGUGUGGGGGUGUAUUCUCUCCUGUCUGGAGCAGAGGGGUGUGGGGGUGUAUUCUGUCCAGGCUGGAGCAGAGGGGUGUGGGGGUGUAUUCUCUCCUGGCUGGAGCAGAGGGGUGUGGGGGUGUAUUCUCUCCUGGCUGGAGCAGAGGGGUGUGGGGGUGUAUUCUCUCCUGGCUGGAGCAGAGGGGUGUGGGGGUGUAUUCUCUCCUGGCUGGAGCAGAGGGGUGUAUUCUCUCCUGGCUGGAGCAGAGGGGUGUGGGGGUGUAUUCUCUCCUGGCUGGAGCAGAGGGGUGUGGGGGUGUAUUCUCUCCUGGCUGGAGCAGAGGGGUGUGGGGGUGUAUUCUCUCCUCUCUCCUACUCUCCCUGGCUCAGUGUUUAGUUCAGGCAUGUUGCCCAACGCCCCACACUCCACUCCCAUUGGGUCAGGGGUCCUGCAGCGUGCAGCCACACCUCACAACACAAAGUCCUGUGGAAUGGAGUCACGUGGGAGAAUCUCAAAUCGCAUACUCCUCGCAUCGGCUCUCCUCGCCUCCUCAAAACCCAUUGGAUGAGAAAGCCAGAGCUCCCUCCCCUGUGACCUUCUCCUCCAAUGGGUUUUGAGGAGGCGAGGAGUAUGCAAUUGAGAUUCUCCCAUGGUCUAUUUUCUCAUAACUGGAGGGAUGAAUAGCUUAGAAGGAAUGCAUUGGUGAUUAAACAUAGAAGGUUUGUACUGUACUGAUAUAAAUUGUUUCACAUAACAAGCUGUGAUUCAUGUGAGGAACGUUAGGAGGUAGGAUGAGAUAAGAACUUGUGUCUCAAAAUACUAGACUACACUGCCUCUAUUGUGAUCUGUGAACCGUCCAAGGACGUGUACUGCAAAAGUGCUGAGUUUCUGGAUAAGUUGCAAAACAACUAGAUGCCUGGCAACAGUGGAGCGCCAAGGGUCUGGGACCAGCCUGUGCGCCAACGGAUUGGCUGAGUAAGUCUAAACCACGCUCAGUCUCUACUCUGAUUGGCCAGCAGGGAGCGGGAACUAUCUCUGUCAGAGUAUUUUAAGAAGAACUCAUAACAACGGCUUAGUUCUCUGUCUGCCCUGCGUGGUAUUUCAGUGAGCCCGUAUACGAACCAUCAUACUUAUCAUACAUACAUUUUGCAUAUAAUAAAUUUAGCUUGGAUUAAAUAUCUCUUGAUUUUCUCUUAUUCCAAUACCAGAUUUGAAUUACGCAAUUUCUAACAGUGAGAUCGGUGACACAUUGCUCUAGUCUAGUUUGAGAUUCAGUUCGCUGACUAAACUAAAUCCCAUACUCUAUCUUGCAGUAUCAUCGACUAAGC